CAGAGGAGCUGAGGCGACAUGAGGACCGUGGGGCUGAGCCUAGGGCUGGUCCUGCUGUGCUUGCUGCGUGUGCAGGCUGGGGACCUGGGAACUGUGGAGCCAGAUGAGAGCAAGAUUGCAGGGACAUGGUACAUCACUGCUAUGGCCUCUGACUCCAAGAGCUACCUCCAAAAUAAGGACCAACUGAAGAUGGCGAUGGCCAAUAUUGAGGUCCUGGGGGAUGGUGACCUGAACGUCUCCUUUGCAAUUCCCACCCCUGAGAGAUGUAUGAAGUUCGCAUCGAUCUACAAGCCAACAGGCAGCCCGGGUGAAUACUACAGCACUGACAGAGGCAAUAAGACAGUGCAGCUGGUGGAUACAGACAGCAGUUCCUACAUGGUUGUCUUUGCCACCAGAGAGAAGGAUGGGAAGACCUUGCACAUGCUGAGACUUUACAGCAGAAGCCAGUGGGUGAGACCCAAAAUCAAAUUGCUGUUCAAGAGACUUGCCAAGCUGAAUGGCUUCACCGACAAGACCAUCUGGAUUUUACCCAGGCAGGAGGAAUGCCGACUUGGUGAACCAUAGGAAGUGCAGACUGGCUCAUGGAUGCUCCUGCCAAACAAUGCAGACGCAUGUGCUGAAGCUCCACGCUCCUCCUCCACCAUCCUUCUUCCAAGCUC